GCUAGAGAACAAAGUGGCGCUUGUAACGGGUGGAGCAUCUGGAAUCGGGCGAGCAACGGCGCUCUUGUUCGCGCGGGAAGGCGCAAAGGUGGUUGUGUCCGAUCUAAAUGCGACUGGGGCGGACGAUACCGUUCAACAAAUCCGGUCGGACGGGGGUGUUCGAGCACUGUCGCAGGUGAUGUCUCGGACUCCAGCGACGCCAAACGCAUGGUUGAAGCCACGAUCGAGAGUUACGGCCGAAUUGACGUCGCGCUCAACAGUGCUGGGAUAAUCUCCGACUUCGCGGUUCCUUCAGACGCGACCUUCGAUGUACGACGGGUGCUUGAGAUCAACCUGCGCGGUACUUAUCUCAUCUGCUGGCUGGCAAUACAACAGAUGAGGGAGAGCGGCGGCGGCUCGAUAGUCAAUAUCUCUUCGAUCAACGGUGUAGUCGGAGCUCCGAUUGGACUGGGCAGCGGGUUCGACCCUUAUGUUCCUUCCAAGGGUGGUGUUGUCCAACUGACGAAGAACCUUGCCAUCCAGUUCGGCAGAGAUAACAUUCGGGUCAACUGCAUCUGUCCCGGUCACGUCAAUACCAGCCUAAUCCGUUCGAUUACGACAAACCCACAAAUCCGGGAACGUCUGGAGGAACGAUACCCACUGGGCAGAUUCGCAGAGCCAGAAGAGGUUGCUUACGCUGCGCUAUUCCUAGCCUCCAACGAGUCAUCAUUCGUGACCGGGGCGCCACUGCUUGUCGACGGGGGCUACACUGCGCUCUAA